AUGCUUUCACGAGCACUUGCACCCGCAAAACGCUGCUUCUCGACAAGUCCGGCACUACUCAGGAUUGUGCCUGGUAGUUUAGUGGAACAAGAAUGCGGAUAUCCAAUCAAAGGCAAGAAAACCGUACUCAGCGAUAUCAAAAAUGCCUUCAACGGUAUCAGAUCAGGUGACAAUAUUUUCAUUCACGGUAUUGCGGCAACCCCUACGCCGCUGUUAUUCGGACUGUGCGAUUAUGCAAAAGCGAACGAUCUUAAGGGUAUAAAAUUGCAUCAUUUACAUUUGGAAGGACCAACGCCAUGGACUGCUGAGGAUAUGAAACAUAGAAUCCGUUCGAACUCCCUCUUCACUGGUGGUAACUUGCGUAAGGCAGUCAACGAUGGCACAGCUGAUUUCAACUCGACAUUCCUCCACGAAGUUCCACUUCUUUUCCGAACCGGUGCGAUUAAACUUGACGCUGCGAUUAUUCAUGUUUCUCCUCCAGACGAGAAUGGUUUCUGUUCAUUGGGUACCAGCGUUGACACGGCAUGUGCUGCAGUAAAGCAAGCCAACCACAUUAUUGCAAUGACCAACAAGCACAUGCCACGAACAUUCGGCGACUCAGUAAUUCACCAGUCACACAUCGAUGUUAUGAUCGAGCUGAACGACCACCCUCUCCAUGAACGACCAGUGGGUGGACCGGCCUCACCUGAGGAGAUGAAAAUUGGUAAAAUUAUCGCCGAUAACUUGGUCGACAAUGGUGCCACACUUCAGAUGGGUAUUGGUGCUAUCCCGGAUGCAGCAUUGGCUGCUAUGGGUGAUCAUAAGGAUUUGGGUAUUCACACUGAGAUGUUCUCGGAUGGUGUAUUGGAUUUGGUUGAAUGUAACGCUAUCACAAACGCCAAGAAGCCACUCCAUCCGGGCAAGGUCAGUCAGUGCAGUGUUUCAAUGAUGGGCGCGCUAAAUUUCAUGGAAACUUAUAUGGUUGUAUCAUUCGUUUAUGGAACGAAGAAGCUGUAU